ACAGGACCGUGACGCGCCCGGGAGCCCCGCCCCUCGCGUCCCCAGCCGGGGACCCAGGCUCUCUGCGCCGUGACGUCAUGAGCCCGGGCGGGCAGGUUGUGCGUCGGCCCAAUGGGAGCAGUGCGCCGGCCUCCCCUUUAAGGAAUGUUGUGACCUGACGUCACCGAGCGAGUUACCUCCCGCAGCCGCCGCCGCCGCGCUCAGCGCGAGCCCCGGAGCCCUUGAGCGUGAGGCACGGAGCCCCCGGAGCCCCCAAACCGCAGCCACAUCCCCACGUCCCAGAGCCCCGGCCUGCGCGCCCAACCGGGCCCGCGCGAUGCCCUCAGACCGGCCUUUCAAGCAGCGGCGGAGCUUCGCCGACCGCUGUAAGGAGGUACAGCAGAUCCGCGACCAGCACCCCAGCAAGAUCCCGGUGAUCAUCGAGCGCUACAAGGGUGAGAAGCAGCUGCCCGUCCUGGACAAGACCAAGUUCCUGGUCCCGGACCAUGUCAACAUGAGCGAGUUGGUCAAGAUCAUCCGGCGCCGCCUGCAGCUGAACCCCACUCAGGCCUUCUUCCUGCUGGUGAACCAGCACAGCAUGGUGAGCGUGUCCACGCCCAUCGCGGACAUCUACGAGCAGGAGAAAGACGAGGACGGCUUCCUCUACAUGGUCUACGCCUCCCAGGAAACCUUCGGCUUCUGAGCCAGCAGUAGGGGGGGGGGUCGGCCUGGGAGUGGGGGGGAGCCCGGUCAGGCCCUGCCCAGAGAACCCCUGGUUCCUGAACUGAGCUGCCUCUGCUUAGGGUGGGCUGGGCAGGGAUGUGGACCCCUAGUCAGAGGGUACCAACCCACCUACUCUGCCCCUGGGUGGUUUUGUUAGGGUUGCCCCUUUGGGUGCUGGCUGGGAUGGGGGAGGGUGGAGAGCAUCCCCCAGCACCUCUGCUGUGUGGUUCAUCUUUUUUUUAGGCCCCUGCCUGCCCCUCACCCACCCGAGGCUCUGCCCACCACCUGGACCUGCCCACCCCUGAAAGACUGGCCCCCCACCCUCCGUCUCCACAUGGUGUAUGGAUCUGUGGUCAUUGUCCCUCUGCAGAAUAAAGAUUGCUCAGGCCUGCCUGGCCCUGUG